AUGCUGGAAAACGACAUGAUUCCGAAAAAGGCCGAUGCAAGUAACGAAAAGAAAUAUAGAUUAGUUAUUGACUAUAGGCGACUUAACGAAAUUACAAUAGACGACAAAUACCCCUUGCCUAACAUAUCUGAAUUGUUAGACAAAUUAGGACGUAGUUGUUACUUUACCAAACUUGACUUAGCUAGUGGUUAUCAUCAAAUAGAAGUAUCUGAGAAGGAUAGACAGAAAACAGCUUUCAGUACAGUUCAGGAUACUAUGAGUUCACACGUAUGCCUUUCGGCCUAA